CCGCCCGCCGCCCGCCGGCGCCGCUGACCGGCCGCCGGGGUCCCGCCGCGCCGCUUUUAAGCCUCGGCGAGCGGGAGGGAAGUUGUCUCCUCUCCCCGCGCCACUCCACCCUCCUCCCGGCUCUUCCCGCCCGCGCCUCCCUCCGGUUCCUGCACCGAGAGUGAGAAAAGCACAAGCUCAGGGAGCCCCGGCCCUGCGUGCCCGUCCGUGCUGCGAGGAGGACGGUGCCCGCGCCCCGCAGCGCCGGGGCCGUCGGCGUCGGAAGCCCGCAGACCGUGAGAAGCCCGCAGACCGUCGGAAGCCCGCAGACCGUCGGAAGCCCGCAGACCGUCCGUGCGCCCGGCCGGCACCUGUCCCGCCCGCACGCCGCUCUCGGGGCCGUGCACCCUCCUCGGUCUGCGGCACGUUUGGUGGACGUCAGCUCUGCGUUUCUUUUAACUUUGUCAAGAACUUGCGGUGGUUGGUUUUGUUGUGUUGUUUUUUUUCUCCUCUGGGAUUUUUACGAGCUUCCCCUGGGUUGAUUUCCUGCUUCUGCCACCUCAGAUAACACCGUCUCUUCUUGUUCCUGGCGCUGUAAUAUGGGGAUCGAACCAAAAUCGGGACUGUGAGUGUUGCAGGAGCCCUCGAGUCCGCCCGCCUGGUGAAAGCCAGCAGUGCUGCUUGUCUUUCCUCUUCUUACCCCCACGUCGUCUGUCGGAUAUGAUGGAACUCAUGUUCGCAGAGUGGGAGGACGGGGAGAGGUUUUCGUUUGAAGACUCUGAUCGCUUUGAAGAAGACUCUCUUUGUUCCUUCAUCUCAGAGGCAGAGAGCCUCUGCCAGAACUGGAGAGGAUGGAGGAAGCAAUCGGCUGGACCCAAUUCUCCCACUGUCAAAAUGAAAGAUGGGCUGGUGAUCCCAUUGGUGGAACUAUCUGCAAAGCAAGUUGCAUUUCACAUUCCAUUUGAGGUGGUGGAGAAAGUUUAUCCUCCAGUACCUGAGCAAUUGCAGCUUCGGAUCGCCUUCUGGAGUUUCCCAGAAAAUGAGGAAGAUAUCAGGUUGUACUCAUGCUUGGCGAACGGCAGUGCGGAUGAGUUCCAGCGAGGGGAGCAGCUCUUUCGGGUCAGGGCUGUCAAAGACCCUCUCCAGAUAGGUUUCCAUCUGAGUGCCACUGUGGUGCCCCCGCAGAUGGUGUCACCCAAGGGCGCGUACAACGUGGCCGUGAUGUUUGACCGCUGCCGGAUCACGUCGUGCAGCUGCACCUGCGGAGCUGGGGCCAAGUGGUGUGCUCACGUCGUGGCACUCUGCCUCUUCCGGAUACACAACGCAUCUGCAGUAUGCUUACGAGCACCUGUUUCUGAGUCCUUGUCUCGGCUACAAAGAGACCAACUGCAAAAAUUUGCUCAGUACCUAAUCAGUGAACUUCCACAACAGAUUCUUCCCACGGCUCAGCGCUUGCUGGACGAGCUGUUAUCUUCUCAGUCUACUGCCAUCAACACAGUGUGUGGAGCCCCAGAUCCCACCGCUGGACCCUCUGCAUCAGAUCAGAGCACCUGGUACUUAGAUGAAUCUACUCUGAGUGACAACAUAAAGAAAACCCUUCAUAAGUUCUGUGGCCCUUCUCCUGUUGUUUUCAGUGAUGUGAAUUCAAUGUAUCUCUCCUCCACGGAGCCCCCAGCUGCUGCCGAGUGGGCCUGCCUGCUGCGGCCCCUGCGAGGCAGAGAGCCCGAGGGCAUCUGGAACCUGCUCUCCAUCGUGCGGGAGAUGUUUAAGAGACGGGACAGCAACGCAGCUCCCUUGCUGGAGAUUCUGACUGACCAGUGUCUCAACUAUGAGCAGAUAACCGGCUGGUGGUACAGCGUGCGAACGUCUGCGUCCCACAGCAGCGCCAGCGGGCACACGGGCCGCAGCAACGGCCAGUCAGAGGUGGCUGCUCAUGCUUGUGCCAGUAUGUGUGAUGAGAUGGUGGUCCUUUGGAGGCUGGCUGUCCUUGACCCAACUGUUAGCCCACAGAGGCGCAGGGACCUUUGCUCACAGCUCAGACAGUGGCAGCUGAAAGUCAUAGAUAACGUCAAGAGGGGUCAGCACAAGAAAUCGCUGGAGAAGCUCUUCCAGGGUUUCAAGCCAGCCGUGGAAGCCUGUUACUUCAACUGGGAGGAGUCGUAUCCCAUUCCCGGGAUCACAUACAGCAGCACCGACAAGAAGAACUCCUUCUGUUGGGUAAAGGCCAUCCAGCAGAGGAGCUGCCGGCUGCAGUGUGCGGAGGCAGCCUGCGAGGCGGGCCGGGCCCCGGGGCAGGAGCCGUGCCCGCAGGCCGCGGACAGGCCGCGGGGCUCUGCCCAGGAGCCGGCCGUGCGGCCCAAGGAGCUCAGCGGCAAGCGCAAAGGGGCGGCCGAGCCCCCGCAGAGGGUGCUGCGGCGCCUCUCGGCAGAUGGAGACAAGGCUGUGUACAAGAGCACGGCGGGCAAGGCAAAGCUGCCCGGCAGCAAAGGCUCGGCCGGCAAACACAGCGGGAAGCGCCGCAUGAGCAGCGAGGACAGCUCGCUGGAGCCCGACCUGGCCGAGAUGAGCCUGGACGACAGCAGCUUGGCUCUGGGGGCGGAGGCCAGCAACACGUUCAGCUUCACGGAAAGCCCUCUGAGCAGGAGCUACAGGGACACGUUUGAGGAGGACGGCGGGGUGUACUUCUCGGAGGGACCCGAGCCCGGUGCCAGGAGCAGUUCCACGGCCAAGAAAGCGCCCAAGGAUCCCGUGGGGGAGAUGGGCAGCGGCGAUGACGACCUGCCUUCCGCCGAUGAGAACAGCGGUGGCGUGAGCCUGAAGCCAGAAGAAGUGGGAGAGAAUGGGGCAGCAGGGGGAGGGGAUGACGGAGAAGAGGAGGACGAUUACCAGGUGUACUAUCUGAACCCACAAGAGGUAGCCAAGGAAGACGACGACAAGGCUGACGGGGGAAACGAAGAAGAACAGGAUAUAUUCGCUGGUAUAAAGCCUCUGGAGCAGGAGAACAGGAUGGAGAUCCUGUUUGCCUGUGCAGAGGCCCUGUAUGCACAUGGAUACAGCAAUGAAGCGUGUCGCUUAACCGUGGAGCUCGCCAGGGACCUCCUGGCCAACCCUCCAGACCUCAAAGUGGAGCAGCCACCAACUAAGGGCAAAAAGAACAAGGUGUCAACCAGCAAGCAGACGUGGAUGGCAACCAACACGUUGUCCAAGGCUGCUUUCCUGCUGACCGUGCUGAGCGAGCGGCUGGAGUACCACAACCUGGCCUUCCGAAUCGGGAUGUUUGCUCUGGAGCUGCAGAGACCACCCGCCUCUACCAAGGCUCUGGAGGUGAAGCUGGCAUAUCAGGAGUCUGAGAUUGCAGCCCUCUUGAAGAAGAUUCCCCUGGGCACUACUGAGAUGAACACAAUCCGAGGCAGAGCCGAGGAGCUGCGGGAGGGGACGCUGUGCGAUUACCGGCCCGUCCUGCCGCUGAUGCUGGCCAGCUUCAUAUUUGAUGUCCUGUGCACUCCAGUGGUUUCUCCUACAGGCUCCAGACCCCCAAGCCGUAAUUGGAAUAAUGAAAUGCCUGGAGAUGAAGAGCUUGGUUUUGAGGCAGCUGUUGCUGCUCUUGGCAUGAAAACAACUGUCAGUGAGGCAGAACAUCCUCUGCUGUGUGAAGGUACCCGAAGGGAGAAAGGGGAUCUGGCACUAGCCCUGAUGAUUACUUACAAGGAUGAUCAGUCCAAGCUGAAGAAGAUCUUAGACAAACUCCUGGACAGAGAGAGCCAAACUCACAAGCCACAGACUCUGAGCUCUUUCUACUCAUCCAGCAAGCCUGCAGUAGCAAAUCAAAAAUCUCCUUCCAAACAUGCUGCCCAGUCCACUGCAGCCAUCCAGCAGCUCCCAGGGACAUCAGUGGCUCAGCAGGCUGCUGUGAGCACUGCAGUCCAGAGCAGUCCUGAGAACUUUGUGGAGAAGAGUGCCCAGGAGAGCUCUCAGAGGUCACCCUGUGAGCCAGCUGCAGAGGCUGCUGUCUUGAAACAAGAGGGAAAGGUCCCCAGUCGCCUGGCCCUUGGGAACAGAGGUGGAUACAACGGGAGGUGUUGGGGCUCACCUGUCAGGCAGAAGAAGAAGCACACAGGCAUGGCCAGUAUCGACAGCAGCGCUCCAGAAACCACCUCUGACAGCUCUCCAACGCUCAGCCGGCGGCCGCUGCGCGGGGGGUGGGCAACCACCUCCUGGGGCAGGGGACAGGACAGUGACAGCAUCAGCAGUUCCUCAAGUGAUUCCCUGGGAUCUUCCUCUUCCAGUGGCAGCAGGAGAGCCAGUGGGGGAGCCCGUGCCAAGACUGUGGAAGUUGGCAGGUAUAAAGGGAGGCGCCUGGAGAGCCACGCUCCUCACGUCCCAAACCAGCCCUCAGAGGCAGCUGCUCACUUCUACUUUGAGUUGGCCAAGACAGUCCUUAUCAAAGCAGGUGGAAACAGCAGUACCUCCAUCUUUACCCACCCUUCCUCCAGUGGUGGGCACCAGGGACCACACCGCAACCUCCACCUGUGCGCCUUUGAGAUCGGGCUGUACGCGCUGGGGCUGCACAACUUCGUGUCUCCCAACUGGCUCUCUCGGACUUACUCCUCCCACGUCUCCUGGAUCACAGGGCAGGCCAUGGAGAUCGGCAGUGCGGCCUUGAACAUCUUGGUGGAGUGCUGGGAUGGGCACCUGACCCCCCCGGAGGUGGCGUCGUUGGCAGACAGAGCUUCACGGGCCAGAGACUCCAACAUGGUGCGGGCAGCUGCGGAGCUGGCGCUCAGCUGCCUGCCCCACGCCCACGCGCUGAACCCAAACGAGAUCCAGAGGGCCCUGGUGCAGUGUAAGGAGCAGGACAACCUGAUGCUGGAGAAGGCCUGUAUGGCAGUGGAGGAGGCGGCCAAAGGAGGCGGCGUGUACCCUGAAGUGCUCUUCGAAGUCGCUCACCAGUGGUACUGGCUCUACGAGCAGACUGUGGGCGGGACGCCGGCCCAGCGUGAAGGCGCCAGCGGCUGCAGCUCCAGCGGGGCGCGAGCACCCUCGGAGGCGGCCCGCGGGCUGCCAGACAGCCGGGUCAGCUCGGAGCCCAGCGCCGUCACCGUGGCGGCCGCCGUCACCGCCGCGGCCACGGUGGUGCCCGUCAUCUCGGUGGGCUCCACCAUGUACCAGCAGCACACGAUGGCGGGGCCGGCCAUGGCGCACGGGCACGCGCAGGGCCUGCACCCCUACACCGCGCUGCAGACGCACAUCCCCUGCAGCCCGCAGUACCUGGGCCACACGCUGCAGCACAUGCCGCGCCCCGCCGUCUUCCCCGUGCCCGGCUCCGCCUACCCGCAGGGCGUCCACCCGGCGUUCAUAGGAGCGCAGUACCCGUACUCGGUCACCACGCCGUCCCUGGCAGCCACAGCCGUGUCCUUCCCCGGCGUGCCCGUCCCCUCCAUGACACAGAUUGCUGUGCAUCCCUAUCACAGCGAGACAGGACUGUCACUGUCUUCCAACGUGGCGAUAGGAAGUGUCCAUGCAGGAUCAACAUUCCCAGCCAUUCAGGGGGCUUCCUUGACAAGUCUGUCCUCACAGCCCAACUCCCUCGUUACAGGGGGGUUUCCUGCAGAGGAUGAGCAGCACAGCCAGCCCGUGAGCCCCCAGGGCCUGCACUACCUCCACUCCGCAUACCGAGUCGGGAUGCUGGCUCUGGAGAUGAUCGGCCGAAGAGCUCCCAACGACCAUCCCAACAACUUCUCCCGCAGCCCCCCCUACACAGAGGAUGUCAAGUGGCUCCUUGGGUUAGCUGCCAAGCUGGGUGUCAACUACGUGCAUCAGUUCUGCGUUGGUGCAGCCAAGGGGGUGCUGAGCCCUUUUGUGCUCCAGGAGAUCAUCAUGGAGGCUCUGCAGAGGCUGAACCCUGCCCAUGUGCACAACCACCUGCGCACCCCAGCCUUCCAUCAGCUGGUGCAAAGGUGCCAGCAGGCCUACAUGCAGUACAUCCACCACCGGCUCAUCCACCUGAUCCCGGCCGACUACGACGACUUCGUGAACGCCAUCCGCAGCGCCCGCAGCGCCUUCUGCCUCACCCCCAUGGGCAUGAUGCAGUUCAACGACAUCCUGCAGAACCUGAAGCGCAGCAAGCAGACCAAGGAGCUGUGGCAGAGGGUGUCCCUGGAGAUGGCCACCUUCUCGCCGUGACAGCAGGACACGCGGCCCUUUGCCCCGCCUCGCUGUGCUUCCAUCCACACCACCCUGCGUCCUGCAGCCUCUCUGGGGCCUUUUCUUUGGGGGUUUGGUUUUUUAUUCGUUAUUUUUUUUAGUUUUAACCUGUUGGAAACCACUGACCUGAUGUAUUUAUAUACCAUGACAUUCCUCUCCAGCACCGCUGCGUGUCGGCGCCGCGCUGGGCUGGCUGCUCCCUGCUCAGGGCUGCGGGCUGGGGGAGCAGCAGGCCCCUGGGGAAGCUGAGCUGGCUGCCCUGUGGUGUAGCCACUGCGUGUUGCUUCCGAGGGCUGCGGGCUGGGGGAGCAGCCAGGCCCCUGGGGAAGCUGAGCCGGCUGCCCUGUGCUGUAGUGACUGCGUGUUGCCUCCGAGCCCCCGGGGGCUGUGCUGAGCAGUUUGCAGUGUGCUGACACUGAGUCUGAGGGGUGGGGGAUUCUGUUUCAGAUAUUUAUUUUGGCAUUUAUAAAUAUGUAAACUUUC